AUGCUUCGACCUGGAUCUCUCAUCUAUCUCCACCCUCUUCCUUUAAGCAAACUACGAACUCUUCUUCCUCGUUCAUUCCGCCCGAAUAACAGACAAAUCUCCUCUUCGUCCAACACUAUCAUCGACACGACCGUCGAGCAAAGUAGCUCAAUUUUCGACCCCUUAGCCUCUCUCCUUCUUUCUUCUCCGUUACCUUCUUAUGGAUUGACGAUAAUACUCCUCACUAUCGCCUUGAGAGGCAGUGUGACGCUCCCCAUGACUUUGUGGCAGAGACGGAGGUUGGAAAGAGGACGAUUAUUGGUUUCCCCUGCAAUGAGAAGGUGGAAUGAAGAAUUGGCUGGACCGAUAGCUAAGGAAAGUAGGAAGAAAGGGUUGGAUUAUGCUGGUUACAAGAGGGAGCUGAAGGCAGCUCUUGCUGAAAAACAAUCCCAACUACACAGGAAAUACCACACACACCCAUUACCUACAUUAAUCGGACCGCUGGCAGUACACAUUCCGCUCCUGAUCUUAUUCUCCAACACCAUCCGUCGUGCUCUCGAAUUACCCCUAUCUUCCAUGGGCUCGGAAACGUUUUCAUGGCUCUCGCAAUUGGGUCAGCCAGAUGGAUCGGGGAUCUUACCUGUCUUAGGGGGUAUGUUGGCUUUUGCCAAUGCCGAAAUGGCCAGUAGGAGGGUACGGGGGAUGACAAAAGCGGAAGAUGGCACUGCUCCUCACCCACCCUCAUCAUCAUCCAGCCGAAUCGCUUCUUCUUCUACCCCUUCGACCUCUUCUCAAGAAGCUGGCAGAUCGAGUCCGCAGGUUCGAUCGACGACUUUAACGGCUGAAGGAACUUCGGCUCCGACGCUCCAACCAUACGGCAGUACAUCGAAGCCAUCUCCAGCUGAUCAUUCCGCCAAUCCCUCACCGAGUACGGAAAACCGAAGCGUUUCGGGAUCAUCACAGGCGCCACGAAGGAAGAAGGUCGAUCCCGAUUUAGUGAAAAAGAGGAAAUUGUCUACUUCGUCAAUAUUGCUUGCCGGAGAGGAAAAGAGGACCAUACCUGUAGAACACCUCACCGACGUGUCUCUUGGAGAGGGAAAGCCUAAUGCGGUGAGGGAUAGCGAGAUAAGGAGCACGUUUGUCACGGCUGCAAUGAGAGUGGGAGCUGUGUUAUUCAUUCCCAUAGCCUCUCAAACACCUAGUGCCGUGGCACUCUACUGGACUACAUCCAUGGCUUUCACAUUGUUCCAGAAUCAUAUCUUCGACGUGUUAGACAGACGUCAGGCGUCAUUGUUUUCCUCAUGUUCCACUUCCGCACACAGCUUAACCCGGCUCAAUCAAGUUCAACAUGAAGGGCGAACAACCAAGACAGUAAAGGACUAG